UUCUGUCUAUGGUAACGCGCCGUAGCACUGUCUUAUAUUAUUACUUCACUUGUAGUUGCAGCAAUGCCAGUUGACAGCCGCCGUAUUCGCGGUCCGGAGGAGUCGCAGUCACCAUUACUUUAUGUCACACAAUUGGUGACCAAUUCGGGUAGAAGCGGGCGCGGUCCUUCGGAGCCCCGCGCCGUGUUUGCACGGGCUGGUCUACUGAGUCAAGCCAAGGGUUCGGCGUACUUAGAGGCUGGGCCCCGAGGUACCAAGGUGUUGUGUGCAGUGUACGGACCGCGAGAGCGUGGAGUGGGUGGUGAGCGCGUGGAAUCGAGGUGCCGGCUCGUGUGCGAGCUGCGCUGGGCUCCCUUUUCCAGAAUAGGACCGUGCCCACCCCCGGGACUUUCCCCUCGCCCCGCUGCUCUGCUCCUGCAGGAAAGCCUAGAGCCUGCAGUGCGUCUGGAUCGCUACCCGCGGACUGAGCUGAGCGUGUGGGUCCUGGUGCUGGAAGACCGAGGUUCCGCGCUGGCAGCUGCCGUAUCCUGCGCUUCUCUGGCCCUGGCCGACGCCGGCAUCGAGAUGUUUGACCUAGUUGUAGGAUGUGCCCUUAGCUUGGGGCCUGCGGGGGAGAUGUUGUUGGACCCGGAGGAUAAAGAGGAAGAGGCAGGAUGCCAGGGGACCAUGAGUUUGAGCUUGUUGCCCGCACUCAACCAGGUGUCUGGACUACAUUGCAGUGGCGAAUGGGAAGGCGAGAGUUCUGUGGAGGCUAUAAAAGCCUGUAUGGAGGGCUGUCAGAGACUGUAUCCAGUGCUACAGCAAUGUCUCGUGAAGGCAACAAAAAGGAAGAUCCCAGCACCACAGCCUGACUCACAAUAACAUUAGUCUUCAACUCAUGAGGACUAAGCAAGGACUUUUUUUUUUUUUCUUCAUGUUUAAUAAAGUAUUUUUGUAGGAGCUGAAUUUUCUUAUUGUGAAAUAUUUUGUAUUUUACAAGAGCUAACAACAAAUGGAAAUGCUUAUAUACUGGAGCAUAUAUUUAUUUUUUUGUUUGUGUUAUUGCUGCAAACUUGUAAAAUAAAUUGAGCUAAAAUUUGA